CCUGAGUUUGACAUUUUGAGUUGUAAACAUUUCAGACUACAAAAAUACAAACAGUUUUGUGUAAAAAAGGCGAAUGGAAUGAAAAAUUAGUUAUGUUUUCCAAAACGAGAUAAAAAUAACAUACAUCGUUUAAUCAUCUAAUUGCAUUGGAAUGUAAUUACAUCCGCAAUUAAAUUAGAAUGGUAACAUGGAAUUGAAGGUCUGGGUUGAAGGAAUUCAAAGAAUUGUAUGUGGCGUUUCCGAAAAUACAACCUGUCAGGAUGUAGUUUACGCCUUGGCACACGCAACAGGCAAAUCUGGUCGCUUUACGUUAAUUGAAAGGUGGAGAAAUAAUGAACGGCAAUUGGCCCCCAACGAGAACCCUUUAAAAAUCUUGCUGAAAUGGGGCGAGUAUUCGAACGACGUACAAUUUAUUUUACAAAGAAGCGAUAUUAAUAAAAAUACCGGUAAAGGUGCGAGCUCGACCACAUCGCCGAGCCCAUCGACUCCGUCUCGCUCUGUAGAGAUCUUAGAUAAGGGCAAAUGUUCGCCCGAAAAAUCUAAGGAUGUUGAUAGAAAUAGGGAGGUACAAAAGUCAUUGACUUUUAGCGGCAGCACCUAUAACACAACCUUCGACAAUGUGGGAGUUGUAAAAGGCGUUCCGCAAGUGAAAAAUGUUUCGGUGGAAGUUUGCGAUAAUCAAACUUCCCCGAAAAAGUGUAGUCAAAUAGUAGAUACCGAUUCACCUAGUCAUCGAGUUGUAAUUCAUCCGCUCGCACCACCUCCGUAUAGAGACCCUCCUCCUCCUAGUGCAUCUGUAAAUUAUGAUAAAUUCAAGAAAAAUGAACCGCAAAAGAAUUUCCAUCUGAAAUCGGAUAGCAAGUUGGACGAGACCGUCAUUAACACACAGUAUAGAGAGUUGAUCUCAUUAGUUAAUUGUCAAAGGGAAAAGUUGUCCACUCAACAAGUCGAUCUCUCAAAGUUCGAUGCCGAAAUAAUAUAUUGGGAGGGUAAAGAACGAGAGAAGCAAUUUCAGUACGAUUUCAUAGCGCAAGAAAUAAUAUCAGUUGGUAAUACAAGCAAGCUUAAUAACGAACAGAUUCAAGCUUUGGGUUACGUGGAAGAAGAGUCAGAAAUUGUAAAGCAGCAAGAGAAAACGCUCAAAUCAGAAAUUACGUUGUUAAGGUCCAAAUUGGCUAAUUGUGAAACUGAACUGUUGCAGUGCAAGAAUAAAAUGAGGUUGGUAAUGGAAGAGUUACAACUUGAACAAAGGGUACAGUCACGUCGUAACGACUCCCGAAAACAAUUGGAAAAAAGUUUUCUUAUGGAAGUGGAGCGUUUACAGAAGGAUAUCGAAGCAGCUAAGCAGAGUACUGAGUUGCAUCAUUUAACGGCAGACACCUUAAUUAAAGAGGUUGCAGCUUUAGAAGUUGCAAUAAUUGAAAAGAAAAAACAGCUAGAGCAUCUCGUUCACGAGAUGAAGGAAGCCAACCUACAAAGUUUGAGUAUCGCGCCGCCGGACGAGCUUAGACAUAUUUUCGAAGGUCCAAACCGAGCGGGAAGUACACGGAAAAUGAUUGGUUCCCCGCGUCAGUUAGAGAAUGCCGUACCUACUAAUAAAAAUCCGCACGGCGUGUGGGUUUAAUUUAAGUAGUUAUUCGCUAGUUUUUGUGAUAAAUGAUAAUAUGUAAUAGUUAUAGGAGAAAGUUACCAUUUGGUACAGAUGAGAGUAUUCGCUUGAUUUAAUGGCAGCAAUACAGAAAAUACAUGGGAUAGAGUUUUUCGAAAUUCUGAAUGUUAUGAUAUUGCAAAUAUAGCAAAUGUUAUUUAGUUGUUCAGAUUUAAAGGAAUUUAUAUAUCAGUAUAAUAGUUAAUGAUCUUUCGAAUAUAUCUCACCUGAGAUUAGCGAUUUGCAUCAAGUUGUUUUUGAGAAAUUUGAAAUAAAGGCCUCUAAUACAGCGUACACAUGGGAUCUUUACGAAUUGCAGUAUUACUAAAUUACAUGUUGUGUCUUCCAGUUUUAAAUUAUGCGGUUUCAAGAAGAAAUGUGAUCUUUUGUGCAAUCUUAAAGAAACAAAAGAGAACACAUUAUUAUAUCUUAAAAAAGUUCUUUUAGAUAUUAGGAUCUCAGUUUUUUGAAGUCAGAACAUUUGACUAAUGGCACUAAUUUUCAAAAUUUUCGAUGUUAGUCUGUUCCUUCCACUUAGGGUUUUGCGCUCUCAGAUAGUCUUACACUCAGGAUAGUGCCAUGAGGCACGGAGGGACUAUUGAUACUGUAAAAAAAAAGGUGUAGCAUUCCUCAGUUGCAAUUGAGCACUGUUUUGAUCGGUAUCAACCAAUCAAGAACCAGACUAAAACACCAAUGAAGUGUGUAUAUUAUGUCGGCCAUAGUAUCCGAAUAAUAAUCCAUCAAUUUACUAAUUUAGUGCCUUCAAAAUUAUAAAAAUCAUUUUUGAAUUUUGUAAUGUUUUUAAUGAAACUUAUAAAUACAAUUCAAAAGUUAAAAGUGAUAUGUUGGUUUUAAUUUAAAAGUAUGGUUGUAUUGAGCAAUAUUAAUCUAGUUAGUAAAAUAUAUAUUUCAAACGACAGUGCUUAAAUUUUAACUUCCAACAUACAAAUCUCCUACGUUCAAAUAUACAAGUCAAAUAUGCAACCUAUCUUACGUAGUUUUUUACUGUUAUGCAAAUGUUUUUCAAUAAACUCAAGAUGUGAAUUAUUUAUUAAAUUCAGAUUACACAAAAGAAGAAAAAAUGGAAAUGUUUCUGAUGUAUUUCAAUAUCCACAGGAUUUAUUUGCUGCCCGAGAAGCGAAUUCCGUAAAUUCACAACAGCAUUAAAACAUGUCGUGUUGAUGGCUGAAUUGUUAAUGAACAUUACACCAGAAAAAGGACUUAUCAUAUAUCAAAUGAGUAAAAUUCUAGUAACUGAAAAACCAUUAUAAAACUACUUUAAAGACAGUUACACAUUAAUAAGUUGAAUCUGCUUAAACAAAAUUGGCCAAAUAACUACUGGCAAGUUUCUUUUGUGUACACUGCUGUUAAAUUUGUGAGUAAGUUGGGUUGCAUAACUGUCAGGCAUAUCAAUAGUACAUUGACUUUUAUAUUUAAGAAUUAAACAUGGGAAAUUUGUGUGUUCAAAAGUUAAAAUUUACGCACUACUACUAUGCGAUCAAAAAUGAGUUGCUGUCGAGUCACCUUUGGAAUUGUUGUUUUCAUGGUAAAUUGUACUUAACUUAAAUUUCCAAAGGCGACUCGACAGUAACUCAUUUUUGAUCGCCCGUUACAAGAAAAGCACUUAACUGAAGAAGUAAUGGAAUUACUGUGCAAAUGCGACAUCGUUUAAUUUCAUAAUUAAUGUUAACCGGUUUUGCACAACCAUUUUUAUGUAGAUGUAUGUUGCUCUAUUUAUGAUGUGUAGUGCAAAGUGCAAUAUGAGGUAUCUCAUUCUCAGACAUUGAUUUGAUGCAAAGUUUUGCUAAAAUAAUAAGAUCUUACAAGGUUGAUGGAAUUGCAGUAAAAAUCAGGCAAGUCAGUAAGAAAUAUUGGAUACUACUAAUGUUCCAAAUGAUGAAAACAUUUAUUUUAGAUAUUUUAAGUAUUUUAUUAAUCGGUGUUCCAAGCAGAUAUCCGGCUUUAGGUGAUUUCCCUUAGGAGGGGAGAGCAGUCGGUGCUGAAUCUAGAUGGCACAUUUAAAAAUCACCAUAAAUCUUGUUGGAAAUUUAAAUCGAUCACUUGAUUUUAAAAAUGCUGGUUAUAAUAAACUAAACAGUUCAACAACUAUAAAGAGAACUGCUGAAUAGAAUAGAUAUGUGAAAAACUAUUACUGUCCAAUCCCACGUGCAAGGGGCCUGCAGUGGCAUAAGUUUAAAGGGAACUUUAGGUUAAGCACUGCUUAAAGUUCAUGGCGUUUAUGACAGUGGUUCGCUACCGUAAGCUCACGCAAUUUUUUCCGUAAAUAAUAUACCUACACUCGAUUAGUAGAGUUGUCACACUCUGCGAUAAAUUACAGGUGGCCCUCUUAACUGCGUUAACGGCUCGACGCGAUUUCGAAUAAAAUGAAAUAAAAUCCAUCCUAUGAGGUGGUUACCUUAACUUCGCUCACAUCCAAUGUGAAAUUAUCGAUCAGUAAU